AUGGAUUACCCUGAAGAGCAUAUGGCAUUGAAUGACCGUUUCUACGUUGAUGUUAGAGCGCUCCUCCUUAAACGGCAUUUGAAGCAAAAUCUAGAAGAGGUUUACGAAUUCAUCAAUGUAAAAACUGACCCAAAGGAAGAAGUUUUCGGAGAACAAAGUGCUAGUACAAUAUUCGGAGAAACAUUGGUUGAGCCCGAGUUGCAUGAACGGGUGCCAACACCCGUGCUGGUGGAAAACUGGCCUAAACUAAGCCACAAAUUCGGCCAGUUGACAGCAGUAUCCAUAGAUACCCAAGGAAAUCCCGUCAUUUUCCACCGCGCCGAUAGAAUUUGGGAUGCCAAUACAUUUAACGAUAGCCACAUCUAUCACAUGAUUGAAUAUGGUCCAAUUAAAGAAAAAACCAUAUAUGUUUUAGACCCGAAAACAGGCUCCAUUAUAUCUGGAUGGGGUGAAAAUCUAUUUUAUAUGCCUCACGGCAUGACCAUAGACACACAUGGGAAUUAUUGGAUCACUGAUGUAGCUAUGCAUCAAGCAUUUAAAUUCAAGGCAAAUGAAGAUAAACCUCAGUUGGUAAUCGGAAAAAGAUUUAGACCUGGCUCUUCAGUAAAACAUCUAUGUAAGCCUACAUCAAUUGCAGUGGCAACAACGGGAGAGUUUUUCGUUGCUGAUGGAUACUGUAAUCAGAGAAUUUUAAAAUUUAAUGCAGCUGGACGACUUUUGCGCACCAUACCUCAACCACCAGAAUUUCUUUCGCUGCAAGUGCCUCAUGCUAUUACCCUUUUGGAACAACUGGACCUUUUAUGUAUUGCCGAUCGUGAAAAUAUGCGAGUUGUGUGUCCGAAGGCCGGUCUGAGAUCAUCCCAAGGAGAGGGGCAACCCGCUGCAACAAUUCAGGAACCCGACUUCGGUCGGGUAUUUGGAGUAGCAUCAUAUGGACAUUUUGUAUAUGCCGUAAAUGGACCAACUUCUAUGCUACCCGUACGAGGUUUCACCUUGGAUCCUCGCUCAGAAACUAUUAUCGGCCACUGGGGUGAUUUCAAAAAUCCCCACUCUAUAGCAGUCAGCUUGAAUGAUUCUGCUUUAUACGUAACAGAAAUAGGAACAAAUCAUCAGACCAAUCGUAUCUGGAAAUAUGUUCUGGUUUAA